AUGGACAAGUACCUUGAGGGCACCCCAAUGGUGUCGUCCGUGAGUGGACGCAUCAUGUCUGAUCCAAAGGCAGUUUUCACCGCAUUUGGCGCAAUAAUUGCAGUGUACUUUGUCACCACAUGUCUCUACAACCUCUUCCUCAGCCCCCUGCGGCAUCUUCCAGGGCCGUGGUUCGCGGCAGCAUCACCGCUCCCCUUCGUCUAUGCCAUGAUUCGCGGUGGAUGGAACACCUAUCUAGUCGAUCUACACCGUCAGUAUGGUCCCGUGGUCCGUUUUGGGCCUGACCACAUCAGCUAUGCCGACGCGCAGGCACAGCGCGACGUUCAUGCUCCUGCCGGCCUUCGCCAUGCAUUCGACAAGCACCCGGCACUGUACCAGGCCGUAACCAGCAACGAGCAGUCCAUCUUCACCUCGAACGGCAACCAGCACGAACGUCACCGCCGCAUCUUGCUCCGCGCUUUUACAGAUGGCGCCAUGCAGCGCCUCACGCCCAUGAUAAAGACAUACAUCGACAUGCUUAUGGACCGUCUCGACGAGCACGCGAAAGCCAAGAACCCCGCGAACAUGCAAGACCUGCUGUUGUUCGUCACAGUCGACACGGCGAGCGACUUCCUGUUCGGCGAGCCUUUCAACAUGACACGAGACGGCAAGGCCCACAGCUUCGUGGCUGGCGUGCUCAACCUCACCGAGAUCGGACAGGUGGUCGCCGGCCUCCAGCAGCUGCGUUGGUUUCGCUUCCUCUGGGACAACGUCGUCCAGUACCUGAUCCAGCCGGUUUUGCAGAAGCACCAGGGCGUCACCAACGAACGUGUCACACGCCGGCUCGAAAAGGGCGUUGAGGCCCGAGAGGAUAUGAUCAAGUACAGCAGGCAGGGAAAGGAGACGCUGAACGACCAGGAGCUCUUCCUCAACGCGAGUCACCUGUGGCUUGCUGCCAGUGAGACGAGCACUACUAGCUUGGCGGCCCUGGUAUUCUUCCUGCUGCAGCACCCCGAGGCACAUGCACGAUUGGUGAACGAGGUACGGACCGCAUACGCCACUGAGGCCGAGUUGGCGGACACUUCGCGGCUGCCGCAGCUGAAGUGGGUUGAUGCGUGCAUCAAGGAGGCACAGAGACUGCACAGCCCGCUCCCUACGCCGCUGCCACGGUUGAUUCCCAAGGGUGGCGCCACAAUCUGUGGUGGAUUUGUCCCAGAGGGCAGCUGUGUUGUCGUGCCUACAUGUGCUGCCUCCCAAACUGCUGAGAACUUCCACGAUCCACAUGCGUUCCGACCAGAGCGGUGGUUGGACGAGGAUCCUGACUUCGCCAACGACAAGCAAGCUGCGUUCCAGCCGUUCCUCCUUGGACCCAAGAGCUGUAUCGGGAAGCCAAUGGCUUUGCUUCAGAUGCGCUGGAUCGCAGCUACAAUUUUCUGGAAGUAUGAUCUGGAUCUCCUGGAAGAGAGCAAGCAAUGGAUUGACCAGAAGGUCUUCGUGCUUUGGGAGCAAAAGCCAUUGAAGGUUAACUUGAAAGAGAGGACAACAUGA